AUGGCUUCGGAGGAAUCUCGUAAGCGAUUGACAGCCAGGGCCUCGGUCAUGGAGGCCAAACUAUUCAAGACCAGCAAGUUCGAAUAUGUCCAAACCUUCAUGGGCAGAGUCCAGUCGUCCAUCGCGGAAGGCAGUUUGGAUGAAGAUGCCAUGGGCGCUCUCCAGAAGGGCAAGAACCACCAGUCCCCACAGCAGGUCCUCUGGGAAGGCUUGGAUCUCGAAAUGGAAGACGAGGCCGACGGUGAAUUCUGGCAGGAUCAAUCCUCUGAGUUCUCCCAGUUCGACAGGCGGCUGAAAGCGGCGGAGAAGCGUCUCGACUUCCAUGACCAGCUCCACGCUGAAGCAGAGAAAGAGAAGAGGAUCGGACACUUGUCCAUUCGCCGGAAGGGCCCCAUGGACACCCCCACGUUCCAUUCUGAGGUGAAAAAGUUUCAGGCAGCAGUUGAUCAGUCCAAGGACAUCCGGAAGUUGGUGUCCCGGCAGGUUGUCAUGAGGGACGAGGUUCUGGUUGAGGCUUGGAACAGCAACACAAAGGGAGAGCUAAAGUCGGCUCUCAUUCAUCUCGUCCGGGAGAAAAAAUUCAAGCUCCUGGUGCUGAAUUGCAUUGGCGAGUCCGCGAAGCACCUCGGAAGGCCUGCCCGAGUCUUCCACAGCUUUCUUUACCAAAUGGCAGAGGCAGAUUCCGUUAAUCUCGGGCGCCUGCAGCGCAUCCGGCACAGCUUCCAGGGCUUCGAUGACGCGGAGGACGACGUGGUGAUCGCACGGGGCUCCGUGGAGCGCCGCGGGGACGACAGCGAGUGCAUGGCCAUCCUGAUCACCGAGAGCAUCCCCUUCACGAAGGGGGCCGCCAAGGGCAGCGACCUCCUCCCGCUCUUCAAAGACAGCAUGCACAACACGGUCGUGCUCCCAUUCGAGAUUGAGACCAAGAUCGUCGACGGCAGCCUGCUGACGCACGGCAUUUCUGCAGUUCUGCGCAGGCGUCUUGCGAAGAAUAUCUUAGACAUACAACCCGUAUCAGAGCGCAUCAUACUUGUCAAACUUCGAUGCCCGGGCCGCCCAUUGGCCUUCGUGGGCCUCUACGCGCCCGCGGCCGACGCGAGCCGGGAAAGUACAGACGCUUUCUGGUCAUUUGUCCAGCAAACCUAUAAGCCCGUGAAGCACAGCUGCAUUACAUACUUCUUCGGCGAUUUGAAUGCGCGGGUGCAAAUCAACUCAGGCGGCGACGAGGCGAAUCACCGGAUCGUCCAGCCGGCGCGCGAGGCGCCCACCUCGUCGCCCAAGGAAGGCGCCCGCGGGGCGAGGGCCCGCAGCGUCCGGCGCCGGCGCACGCUGCGCCCAACGGCGACGGGCGUCCACGGCGAUGGCGCGGGGUACAGGGCGUCCUCGUGCGAGCAGGAGGCGGCCGCGUGCCAGCGGCUGAUCGAGGCUCAGAAGCUGAAGCUCGCCUCCCUCUUUUGCCCGGCGCAGACGCGGAGCCGAAUGGCCGCCGGCGCGAGGUUCCUGGCCAGCGCCACGCUGCUCCUCCUGGCGGCCGCGCAGGUCAACAUCUUUGGCUGCGAGUUUGAGGCAGCGUGCGCAGAUGACGGCGGACUGUCCUGCGCGGACGGCUUGUCGUGCUACCAGCUCCUGACGAGCAGCAUUGACGGCAUUCUGCGCCCGGAGUCCACGGACCCAGAAUCAGUCCUACCCCCCGGCAAGACGGUGUGCGGCGUGUCGGCGGCCGCGGUCAUCAAGUCGUGCCCCGCCUGCGACGCCUGCGUGCUGCCCGAGCCGGUCCUCCGCAGCCUGAGGGACGGCCUCGACGAGGCCGCGCUGGUGGGGCCCGCGGGGGCCCUGAGGGUCGCCACCCUCGCCGCCUGCGCGUCCGCGCUGAUGGUGGCAGCCGUCGCGGCGGCCAGGAGAUGGGGCGGCGCGGCCCCCGCGCGGGCGGGCCGCGCGCCCGGCGCGGAGGCCCCGCAGGAGCGCGUCCUGCUCGCCGACGGCCUCGAGGCGGCGGUGACCGCGAGCUGA